AAAAUGUUGAUUAGUUUAUUCAUAAUUGGGUUACUUUUUAUUGAUCACAAUGAUUCGAAACCAUCUAACAACAAUGAAACGACUACAGUAUUGAAACCAACAGGUUCAUCCAAUAUGACCAAACUCAAUAAGGGUCAAUUAUGGUUGGAUUAUUUAUUUUCAUUAAUGGAUAAAGCAGAAUUUUUAGAUCCCAAGAAAUGUUCCGAUCAACCUAAUAUCAUUUGCAAAUUUUCAAAUAUGAUUGAUUGGUUUGUCAGUUAAUUACAUUUGGAUAAAACUAUUUUAUCAUUACUCUUAAUGUAUUGUAAUCAAAUGAAGUGAAUUCCUUUAAUAAUGAUAAUAAUAACAAUGUUCUCUUAAAUUCA